CUCGGAACCGAGCGCCACGCAUUGCUGCCCGUGGUACGGGAGGACCACGGGCUCGGUCGAUCUACCCGACGAUUGACCGAACCGGACAGUCACAACUACGAUGUGACGACCAACGACGAUGAGCCUGCACCGCCGUCGCGGCCAGGGCCACCGGUCGAGCCGACCGUCGCCGCCACCGCCCCCGGUGGCGCGAUCGGACCGGACGAGACCGAACUGGCCGCCGCCGCCGCCGUUGCCACCGCUACAGCCGCCAGCAUCAUCAAGGGUGUUGGUGGUGGUAGUGGUCGCUGGAUCGCGGACGACGGUGACAGCUACAACAUGGCCACGUUCGGCCAGACGAACGGGGUAUGGCCGAUCCGGCAGCCACUCCCGCUGCCCAAGUGGUCCAGCAGCCCCGUGGCGCCGUACGUGGUCGACAAGCUGUGGCAGUACGAGGAUCUGGUCGGCCUGAUUGAAACGAAGCUGCAACGCAUGCUCGAGGAGACGCACUACAACACGGCGAACAACUUUGUGGACUUCUACAAGGCAUACCAGCGGGUCGGACGCGGGGAUCUGAGAACGCACUUCGAGCACUACACCAUCCCGAUCAACCGCCGGCAUCACAUGUGCGUCAGUUUGGCCAUGGAAAUUGUCUCAAGAGUCGCUGAACAUCAUCCGGAUAUCGCGGGCCACCUCUAUCUGGUAUCGUGCGAGGAAGCACUGGACGAAACGGACUCGUACAUCCAGCACUGCGAGGAAAACGGCAUCGAGUACGCAGGGUCCACGCUCGAGAAGGAGCAUGCCCUGGUCGCGAUGAAGAUUGUCGUCGGAGGUCGCGAGGGAGUUCUCAUCCUCGACCCCGGCUAUCACGUUGCUCGGGCCGUGACCGUCAUGAAGGACCAGAAAUACCCGCACACCGGGUGGUUCACGCAAUCGGACGAGCCGCAUUGCAAGCGCGAGUACAGCUACGCUCUGCACGAUCAUAACAGCGACUACAUCACCUGGACGGAACGGAUUACCCGGGGUGGCAAGCAACAGUACGAGCAGUCGGUCGUUUACAUUGCCCGCCCGUACCGGACCGCGAUCGAUGUAACCGUGCGUCGGAAUCUGGUGUACAAUUUCCGUUCGCUGUUAUCUCGCGAUGCAAAGGGACGCGUUUGUGCUGGAAUGUACUUCCCGCUCGUACCGAAUCCGCUCGAUGCGCAAGUGACGCUGUUCUACGACAACGCCAACGAGAGCCAGGUGAAGCAGAAGUUCAAAUUUGCCGUCUUUCGCGAUCCAGAGAAGAUUCCUGACCCGGUGAUGGUGCACUUGGAAAACCUAGCCCCGCAGCUACGGAUGCCGCUUGGAGACCUGACCGACCUGAUGGUCGAUCUGGCCGAGUCGAUUCACGACGCCGAGUUCGUGCAGCAGGUGCUCGAGAUCAACAACCACAUCACGGAACUGUCGGCAGAUAAUUAAACGAUCCAUUUUCUUUACCCUUCCCGUUGAGGGGGAGAGGUAUCUUAGCACUUGCAACGUUUACAUUCUACACCCCUAGAAACCCCUAGCGGGUGAUGCAGAACAACUUUUACGCUAUUCUUCACACUUUUCCUUCACUUGAGUACUUUAGUCUAUUCCUCUUGAGAUCAAAAAUUAUGGAUGAGUGGUAGGAAAGAGGAUCGGGGCACCGAAGCUGAGGGAGAAGACACAUUUGUUUAUCUUGCAUUCUUUAAAUCAAUAUUAAAUCAGCGUACGUAUAGUGUUCUAUUACGUGUCUAUGAUUAGCAACUAAUUCAAUAUUCCGUCACCAUAAGGUGCACUUAAUUAUUUCAUUGCUUACAUUCAAACGUGCUGCAGAUUGAGCAGAAAAGGAUGCGUUGUCUUUUACAUUAUCUAGCUUAUUUGACAAAUGACACCCGUUCGUUUCCCGAUGUUGGUUUACGGUCGUUGAAAUCAUCCCAUCAACCGGGAUCUUUCUGGUUUUCUUAAAGAGCAUUUCCAUUCCCUUGUGUUUGCAAUUUUGAAAAUAUGUGUAGUGUGUUUUUAUCGUAUAUGUCUCGAUCGAAGAACGAUCCCGUCGAUCCCGGCCGCCUUCGUCCAGAGCGAUGGCCGGCACUGACGGUGAAAGAGAGGUAGCGAGGACUUAAGCAGCGUUUAAAGUGUAGUAGUUUCAAUCUUAAUCGGACUAUUUAAUCAUUUUCAAUUAAAAAUGUAUCUAUUCAACCACAAUACAGCUUGACAAAUAAAGCAAAGAA